UACUGACUUUACUGUACGAGGUUAACGUCGCCCUGUUAAACAGAAGCAAAGUAUGACAUAAAAAAACGGCUUUUUUAACUUUAUUCUCCGGAGUGGAAUGAAAAUACAGACGGUCACAGAGCAGCCCAGCCCAGCAGUGUACAGGUGGUUAGCGAUCAGCCAUGGAUACCACCACCUCCCUGAAGAUGACCUCUCUGGCCGUCCAGAGUCUGUUCGGCUACGUGGAGGAGGAGAACCUGGCUGCCAUCAAAGCACAUUUGGAUAAGUUCAGAGAUCUGGACAGCAGGAGUGAUAUUGGACAGACUCCCCUGAUGGUGGCGGCAGAGCAGGGCAAUCUGGAGAUAGUACAAGAGCUCAUUAGGAGAGGAGCCAACGUUAACUUGGAUGACGUUGACUGCUGGACGGCGUUGAUCUCUGCAGCUAAGGAGGGCCACAUCGAGGUGGUGAGGGAGCUGCUGGAGAACAAUGCGAACCUGGAACAUCGAGACAUGGGAGGCUGGACUGCCCUCAUGUGGGGAGCCUAUAAAGGUCGUACAGAUGUGGUCCAGCUGCUCUUGGAAAAAGGAGCCAACUCCAACAUCACUGGUCAGUACAGCGUCUACCCCAUUAUCUGGGCGGCAGGUCGAGGCCACGCAGAGAUUGUCCAUCUCCUGCUGCAGCACGGAGCCAAGGUCAACUGCUCCGACAAGUAUGGUACCACUCCUUUGAUUUGGGCAUCCAGGAAGGGCCACUAUGAAUGUGUGAUGCAUCUUCUGGCUAACGGAGCUGAUGUGGACCAAGAAGGAGCGAACUCGAUGACAGCUCUGAUUGUGGCGGUGAAAGGCGGCUACACAAAGGUUGUAAAGGAGCUGCUGAAGAGGAACCCAAAUGUCAACAUGACAGACAAGGAUGGCAACACGGCCCUGGCCAUCGCUGCCAAGGAGGGUCACACUGAGAUCGUGCAGGACCUGCUGGAUGCAGGCACCUAUGUCAAUAUCCUAGACAGGAGUGGGGAGACCAUGCUGAUUGGAGCAGUGAGAGGAGGUCAUGUGGAAAUAGUCCGAGCUCUGCUGAACAAAUAUGCUGAUAUUGACGUCAGGGGUCAGGAUGGAAAGACUGCCCUCUACUGGGCAGUGGAGAAAGGCAACGCUACCAUGGUGAGAGACAUCCUGCAGUGUAACCCGGACACUGAGAGCUGCACUAAGGAGGGAGAGACCCCACUUAUUAAAGCCACAAAAAUGAGGAACAUAGAGAUAGUGGAACUUCUGCUGGAUAAAGGAGCCAAGGUGUCUGCUGUGGAAAAGAAAGGAGACACGCCCCUCCACAUUGCCAUCCGAGGACGAAGCCGAAAGUUGGCUGAGCUGUUACUGAGGAAUCCUAAAGACGGCCGCCUGCUUUAUCGCCCCAACAAAGCUGGAGAGACACCGUACAACAUCGACUGUACCCACCAGAAAAGCAUCCUCACACAGAUAUUUGGAGCCAAGCACCUGUCCCCUUCUGAUUCAGAUGGAGACAUGUUGGGUUAUGACCUGUAUAGCAGUGCUCUAGCAGACAUCCUCAGCGAGCCCACCAUGCAGCCACCUAUCUGUGUUGGACUGUACGCUCAGUGGGGCAGCGGCAAGUCUUUCCUUCUUAAGAAACUGGAGGAUGAGAUGAAGACCUUCGCAGGCCAGCAGAUAGAGCCAUUGUUCCAGUUCUCUUGGCUGGUUGUCUUCCUCACCCUGCUUCUCUGCGGCUCAGUGGCCGUGGUUCUGGGCUUCACUGUUGAUCCCAGGCUGGCAAUCGCCGUCUCCCUCAGCCUCCUCGCUCUGCUCUACAUCUUCUUUGUGUUGGUGUACUUUGGAAGUCGGCGUGAGAGGGAGAGCUGGAACUGGGCGUGGGUCAUCAGCACCCGUCUGGCUCGCCAGGUCGGUUACCUGGAGCUGCUGCUCAAACUGAUGUUUGUCAACCCCCCUGAACUUCCUGAGCAGACCACCCGUGCACUGCCUGUCAGGUUCCUGUUCACAGACUACAACCGUCUCUCCAGCGUUGGAGGGGAGACCUCUAUGGCUGAGAUGAUUGCCACGCUCUCUGAUGCCUGUGAGAGGGAGUUUGGCUUCAUGGCCACCAGGCUCUUCAGGGUUUUCAAGAACGAUGAGGUCCAAGGUAAGAAGUGGAAGAAAACAUGUUGUGUUCCCUCCUUCGUGCUGUUUGCAUUGACACUGGGAUGCCUGAUCACUGGUAUGGCUCUGUUGGCCAUCUUUAAGGUGGACUCUGAGAACUUGACAGUGAAUGCAGUGCUGAUAGCCAUGGCCAGUGUGGUGGGCUUGGCCUUACUCCUCAACUGUAGGACCUGGUGGCAGGUGGCCGACUCUGUCCUUAACUCCCAGAGGAAACGGCUGCACAGUGCUGCCAACAACAUGCAUAGACUCAAGAGUGAAGGCUUUAUGAAGGUUCUGAAGCAUGAAGUAGAGCUGAUGUCAAAAAUGGCCAAAACCAUUGAUGGCUUUACCCAGAACCAGACACGCAUGGCUGUCAUCAUAGACGGACUGGACGCCUGUGAGCAGGACAGAGUUCUGCAGAUGCUUGACACGGUGAGGGUACUCUUCUCCAAAGGCCCUUUUAUCUCCAUCUUUGCAAGUGACCCCCAUAUUAUCAUCAAAGCCAUCAACCAAAACCUCAACAGCGUGCUAAGAGACUCCAACAUCAACGGACAUGACUACAUGAGGAACAUCGUCCACCUGCCAGUAUUCCUCAACAGCAGAGGCCUCAGUACGGCCAAGAAGCUCUGCAUGGCGACCCCCGUCAAUGGAGAACCAUCAUCUGCUGAGGGAUGGCAUGAAGAUAUGGAGAGGAAGAUGUCUCUGACCAGCCUGGGCCAAGACAAGUUUGGCAGCAAGACCGCCCUAAACCGCAGGGACACAUAUAGGCGUCGGCAGAUGCAGAGGAGCAUCACCAGACAGAUGUCCUUUGACCUGACAAAGCUGCUGGUGACGGAGGACUGGUUCAGUGACAUCAGCCCACAGACCAUGAGGAGACUGCUCAACAUUGUUUCUAUCACAGGUCGUCUGUUGCGGGCCAAUCAGAUCAUCUUCAACUGGGAUCGGCUGGCGUCAUGGAUCAACCUGACAGAGGAGUGGCCUUACAGGACGUCGUGGAUCAUCCUGUUUUUGGAAGAGACUGACGGAGUGUCUGACCAGUUGACUCUCAAGACCAUCUAUGAGAGAAUCUCCAAAAACAUCCCCACCACUAAGGAUGUUGAACCGCUGCUGGAGAUUGAUGGAGACAUCCGCAGCUUUGAGGUCUUCCUGUCCUCCAGGACGCCGGUUCUCGCUGCCAGAGAUGUGGAGAUGUUCCUGCCCUGCACCGUCAACCUGGACCCCAAACUCAGGGAGAUCAUAGCAGAUGUGCGUGCGGCCAGGGAGCAGAUGCACAUGGGAGGAGUGACCUAUCCCACGCUGCCCCUGCAAGACGCAGUGCCCCGUCCGCAGUCAGGUUAUGGCCAGCACUCGGGCGUAUGCUCUCCGGCGGGCUCCUUCGCCGGAUCCAUGCCUCCUCAGCCUCACAGUGCCUACUUCAGUGGGAUGACUGGCCCGCAACACCCCUUCUACAACCGGCCUUAUUUCCCCCAUCAUGUGUAUCACCUGCCACGGCCUUACUCCCACCAUGUCCCCCCAUCCUCGCGUCCCUCCAUUAAACCACCUGGUCAACCUAAGGACAGCACCAGUGGACUUGAUGCUAUUGCAGAAGAUGCAAGAGAAGGCCUCCCCUCCUGUCCCUCUGACCCCACCAUGCAUUUAAAGUCGCUGCCUCACAAAUUAAAGCAGGUCUCUCCUGUGGUCCUGCUCAGCUCCAUGAACACAGAUGCCGUGUGUGAGCGUCUCAGACAGCUAGAUGGAAUCGAUCCCAGCAUGCUGCCUCAGUACACCUCCACCAUCAAGAAGGCGAAUAUAAAUGGUCGAGUGCUGUCACAGUGCAACCUGGACGAGCUGAAGAAAGAGAUGGAGAUGAACUUUGGCGACUGGCAGCUCUUCAGGGGAGCGGUGAUGGAACUGCGUCAUGCAGAAAGCCAGGCUAUGCUUCAAGACGAGUCCCGAGCUGUAAGCGAGCAAGGCAGCAGCGUGCACCACGGGGAGCCCAACAGACGCUCAGGGGGAGCCCAGCAGGAAGCGGCGGCCUUUAGCCUCAACCUCAGCUUCGAGGAGCUCAGUGGAGCAGGGCUGGAGGAACCUCCGAGAUUCAACAACCACUCACACUGGCCGGUGGCAAAUCUCCGCACCUCGAGCAUGUCCAGCCUCAACUCUCAGGAAUCCUCUAACGACAUCUGCAAGCUGACAGACAAGCAGCAGGCCGAGUAUCACGACGCCUACAGGGAGUACAUCUCUCAGAUGGCUCAGCUGGAGAUGUCCGGUGGUAAUGGAGAGCGGCCCGUGCAGCCCCACCCUGGACAAUUCCUUCAGGCUGCUGGCUCAGAGGACAAAGGGGCCAAAGAAGGAGCUGACCAAGACAGCCGCAAGUCCUUCACCAAGAGAGGCUCCAAGCCUAGCGAUGCCACAGACUUCCCCUCAGGGACCGAUGCCCAGCCUCUUGACCCCAUCAGUGAAGAGGACGAGAAGCUGGACCACAGCGCGUCGUCCAGGACUCCAGGCUGCAGGAAGAAGGGAGCCGGGGCGUACUACCACAAGCUGCCCAACGACGAAGACUCUGGCCCAGAAGAAGCGGACAACACCACACCUCUCCUCCACAAAGAGGCAAGAGCUGGUGCUCUGUCGUCCCACAGCGGCUCCCAGCCCACUGGGCUGUUGACCAAGCCUGGCUUCCUCACCGAAAUCCUCCUGGAUAAGAAGGACUCGUCCGACUCAGGGAUGCGCUCCAGCGACAGCUCCUCAGACCGCUCUCUGGAGGAGGCCGAAGGAGACAGCGACAGAGGGAGAGAAGCGCUGGAGCUGGAGGGCCUGGUGAAGAAGAGAGGCCUCCUCCCCAGCAGCCUGAGCGGCCUGCAGGACACGGCGGUGGCCCGCAUGUCCAUCUGCUCCGAGGCUCCGUCCGAGGCCAGCCUAAUGGCCAGCAGCCCAGAUGAGGGAUGGCCGUCCAGCGGGGUCAGCAACCUCAACUGCACCACCAGCAGCAGCACCCUCAACAACAACGUGAACAGCCCUGACGACACCACCACCACCAACACUAACACCAACAACAGCCACCAGCAGCCGGCUAACAUUACAGGCAUGGAGUCCACCACCUCUUCCUCCAGCAUCAUCUCGACACCUAUCAUCAUCACCCCCGGCAGCAGCAGCACUGCUAACACCACAACUGCCGCCAUCCACAACCAGAACCUGCGCACCAUCAGCCUGGGAGACGAGAGGGAGAGCGUCCUCUGAGAAGCUGGUCGUUGUUUUGUCAAGGGUCACAUAGACGGUUGUUCUAGAUGUUAAUGGUGAUGUUAUUAUACUGUUGGUGUUGUGGCGUGUUCCAAAGAAUUGGAGUAGGUGUGUGUUCUACUGUUACGAAGGAAACGUAGGAAGUGUUGCUGUGAAUCUUUAGCUUUAGUAAAAAAAAAUAUCACCUUUAUUUAAGCCAUGACAAAUCAUACGCCACAUUAUUAAUUACAUUUGGAGGUUAAUGAUACCAAAAAUUACUCAGUCAGUUGGGAUUGCGUUAACUGUCCCAUGCUUUUAAAUCAUUUAGGUUUGAUUUAUUUCUCAUGUGAAUGUGGUGCCGUUACGAGAAUAGUCUAGUGAUGGAAUGUUAAUGUUGUGGACGUUGUAAGUUACAAAAAAAAAGUGGUUUUCAGGAAAUGUAGUCGUGACUGAAAAAGGAAAAAGCUCCAGGUUACUGAGAACUUAAGCCUCCUAAGUGUUUUGUGCAGUGCUGUGUUUGGUACUUAAAAUAAUUCAAAUAGAUGGCAGUGUAAGACAGCGGUGCCGUGUGCUGUUGGCAGAUAUUGUGAAAGAAAAAGUGCAUGCACUGGUGAUUGUUCCAAAGUUCCUUGUGAAAUGGUGUUCUGUGAAUCAAUAAACAUUUUGCUAUGUGGACCCUUGAAAA